CGCCCCCUCGCUGGGCGGCUCGGGCUCCGCGGAGGCGGCCCGGCAUCCUAAGGGUGGGCUCGGAAGGCGGAGGCUGCACCCCUCUGUGGGAGCUGGGGGCCGUCAGGACUGGCGCGGCGGUGCGGGCGUGAGACUGAGGGUCCUGGGACCUCCUGCGGCCCCCGCGGCCCCGAAUACUACGGGCGGCCCCGGAGGGCCGAGACCCGCGGGGGACUCACCCCGUGCUCCCGGACGCAGGUGGGGCUGAGCCCUCGGAGCAGGUGUGCGAUGCGGGGCGCGUGCGGGCCCGUGAGCCGGGUCCAGCCAGCGGCAGCGGGGAAAGCCCGCUCGUGACGUUCACGACGACUGUGCCACAACGCGCGUGCUGUGCGUCUGCGGCGAGACCCCGAGCUCUGGAGCCAGAAAGGCCCCAUCAGUUCCCGCUCUGCCCACCUGUUAGCAGGGCGGCCUGGGUCCAGGUUUCAGCUUCUUGCAACAAAGUAGCCCUUGUGAAGUAGGAGGUAGGGGCCCUUUGUGCCCAAGAGUUUUACCUGGAAGAGAAACCUCUCUGACUUAAACUUUCUCCAGAGCUUCAGAGCAAGACACAAGAUCCCAAGAAGGAGCAGAUCCUAGAUUUGCAUGGUCAGAAGCAGUUCCUGAUCUUCCUGCCCAGGCUGAGCCUUCAGGGUUCCCACACUGUCCUAGGAACCUCAGAAGAUGAGUACAUUUCAGAUUGAUUAGCUGUGUGCUGUUCCAGGCGUCAGUGUCAUUCAAGGAUGUGACUGUGGAACUCUCCCAGGAGGAGUGGCAGCAGAUGGGCCCUGCUCAGAGGACCCUGUACCGGGAGGUGAUGCUGGAAAACUACAGCCACCUGGUCUCCGUGGGGUUCUGCUUUACAAAACCAGAACUGAUCUUUACAUUGGAACAAGGAGAAGAUCCAUGGUCAUUAGAUAAAGAGAAAGCAUGUCCAAACAGGAGUUCCUCAGAAGACUCCCAACCUGAAAAAGUCUCAGAGAAGAACCCAGAAAACCAAGGCAAACAUUUGUGGCAAGUUUUGUUCACCAACAAAUCAUUGAGUACAGAGCAAGAAAUUUCCAAAAAACCAUGUAAUAUGGAAAUAAGUAUUUUCCCUGCAAGAAUGAUUCCUUGUAAAUGUACUAUUUCAGGUCCUACUUAUCCAAGUCUCAGCCCAUUGGCCUCAUGCUGUCAAUAUUCAAGAGGAAAAACUUGUGAGCUUGACUUCUAUGAGAGAUGGCUCCUCAAUAUUAAGGAGUACAGAACUAAUCCUAGAGAGAAAUCUUCUGUUUACAGUAAGAAUGCAAAAGCCCUCAGUCAUGAGGAAGAAGUUAUUCAGCAUCAGACAAUUCAGAAUUUGGGGAAAGCUUUUCAAUAUAAGGAAAGUGGUAAAACUUUACUUGAAAAGGCUGCCCUCAUUACUUCUCCUAGUAUCCACCAAAAAGUGAAAUCUUAUAAAUUCAGUGCAUUUGGAGAUAACCAAGGUGACAGAUCCACCCUUUUCAUCUCCCAGAGCAUUCAUUCAAAGGACAAGAGUCACUAUGAGCUUAAUGAAAACAGGAAUAGUUUCAGUAGGACCACCCAAAACACUGACACAGGAGGGAAAUUCUUUGGCCACAAAUCACACAUUAGAGGACAACAGAGAAUCCAUAUUGAGGUAAAGCACUUUGAAUAUGAAAAAAAGUUCAGCUAUGAUUCACCCCUCCUGGUACAUCAGAGAACUCACACAACAGAUAAGCCCUUAGACUUCAACACAUGUUCAGGGACAUUCAAUUGCCAGUCGACUCUUAGUGAGCAUCCUAGAACUCACAUGAGGGUGAGAGCCUGUGAGUGUGAGGAACGUGGAAAAUCCUACUCUGUGAAUUCACACCUGAUUCGGCCUCAGAAAAGUCAUACUGGGGAAAAACCUUAUGAAUGUCAUGAAUGUGGGAAAGCUUUCAGUGAGAAGGCACGCCUCAGGAAACAUCAGAGAACUCACACAGGAGAAAAACCGUAUAAAUGUGAUGGAUGUGAGAAAUCCUUCAGUGCAAAGUCAGGCUUAAGAAUCCAUCAAAGAACUCACACGGGGGAGAAACCCUUUGAAUGUAAUGAAUGUGGAAAAUCUUUCAACUAUAAGUCGAUCCUCAUAGUACAUCAGAGAACUCACACAGGAGAGAAACCCUUUGAAUGCAGUGAAUGUGGAAAAUCUUUCAGCCACAUGUCAGGCCUCAGGAAUCACCGGAGAACUCAUACAGGAGAGAGGCCAUAUAAAUGUGACGAAUGUGGGAAAGCUUUCAAACUGAAAUCGGGCCUACGAAAGCACCACAGAACACACACAGGGGAGAAGCCCUACAAAUGUAACCAGUGUGGAAAAGCUUUUGGACAGAAGUCCCAACUUAGGGGGCACAACAGAAUUCACACAGGGGAGAAACCCUAUAAAUGUAAUCAUUGUGGGGAAGCAUUCAGUCAGAAGUCAAAUCUCAGAGUGCAUCACAGAACUCACACGGGGGAGAAACCCUAUAAAUGUGAUGAAUGUGGGAAAACGUUCAGGCAGAAAUCAAAUCUCAGAGGACACCAGAGAACUCACACAGGGGAGAAGCCCUAUGACUGUAAUGAAUGUGGAAAAGCUUUUAGUGAGAAGUCAGUCCUGAGAAAGCACCAGCGAACUCACACCGGGGAGAAACCCUACAACUGUCAUCAGUGUGGGGAAGCUUUCAGUCAGAAAUCAAACCUCAGAGUGCAUCAGAGAACUCACACAGGAGAGAAACCUUACAAAUGUGAUAAAUGUGGGAAAACUUUCAGCCAGAAAUCAAGCCUUCGAGAACAUCAGAAAGCUCAUGCAGGAUUAAAUAUAUGAUGUAAAGAACACGGGAAACAUGGAGAGCCUUUCAACUGGAGUGCAAAUCUCACUGGAUAUCACAGAACCUACCCAGCAAAGAAGUACUAGAAAUAUAAUGAAUAUAGGAAAUAUUCUGUGAAUUCAAUCCUCAGUUCAUGUUGUAGAAAAAGCUUUGAGAAACUAAUAAAAAUGUGAAAUUUUUAUGCAAGCAAUCAAAACUAAUGAAACAUCAGAGAAAUCACAGUGAGAAAACCUAGAAAGUAAUGAAAGGAUGAUAACCUUUAGCCAAAGGUUAGCUUUCUCAGUAUAGUCUAAAAUAGAGGGUAGGGACCUAACCACAUAAUCAAAACAGACAAGGAAUGCAGGUAAUGGGUGUGGGAAAUCCUACAAAGAUUAACUGUGAAUGUGUUGACCAGUAACCAUUUCCUUUUGUGUCCCUUGCUACACCUAGACAUUUCUCAACCACUCCCGCCAAAGGAGGUUGUAUGGUUAGCUCCUAGCUAAUAGAAUGAAGGGGUCAGGUACAGACAAGUCUCAUUAAAUACAUCUCAAAUUUUCGGUAUUUUCUUCUGUUCCUCAUCAGAAUGGAGUGGAGAUUACUUCUAGGGAAAUGUUGGAAUCCACACAUUAAGAAUAAAAGAGUUCCUGAUGGCAGGAACUGUGGUUAAAGAAGGACUCUGCGAAAGGGGUUUCCCUCCACAUACUCAAUUGGGAUUUUUAUAGUAAGAAAAUAAACUUGUUCUCUGCUGAACUUCUGCAAGGUUGGGGAUACUUGAUAUUGACCUAAACUCAUCAACCCUUACUUAAUAAAACUAAGGAUGUGAUUUCUGUGGGCAUAGGAACUCCUUGUGUAUCAGAAAAGUCCAUAG